AAAUCUCUCCCUCCUUUUCUAAAUAUAUAUAUGCACACUUGUUUCCAUUGUUCAUAAUUGUCUUCUUCAGAUUCUCCAAAAUGGCUGGUGUUGAGGUUGGGAAAAUAGUAGCAAACACAGAAGAGAAGAACACAACCGAGCCAACCACCGAGGCAUCUAAGGAAACCGUUGAGACAGAUGACUCAGCCACGGUGGUUGAAGUUGAAAUCAAAGAAGACGACGAAAUACCAAAGGUAGAAAAAGAGAUUGAAGAAACCGAGACAGCUCCGGUUAAAGAGGAGAAACCGGUUGAAACUCCCGCAGCUGUGGAGGAGAAAGGUGUUGCUAAACCGGCGGCAGAAGACACAAAGGCUGUUGAAGUGAAGACAGUGUAAUAACCUUUUUUUUAACCCCAUGAGAAGUGAGAAUUUCCUUUUUGUUUUGUUGUUGCUAAAUCCUAUAUAUUUUAUAAAAUUUCGCAUAUUUAUAUGAUUAUUGUAAUGAUAUUUAAUAUACUAAUGCUAUAUCAUGGUUUUCUCUU